AUGCCCCGUGUCUUAAUCUUCGCCGGCGCCCCGGAGGCCGAUUGGUCCUCCCCGGACCUCCUCCUCUCCACCCCGCCGGCACCCCACCCCACAUCAACGCCUGCCGCUGCCGCCCCGGCAUGGCGCUCACUCCCCUUCCACCGGGCCCCCCUCGUCACAGGCUUCUCUCAACACCACGGCCUCCCCUCUGACUUUAGACCGCCAGCACACUUCUUCAGCCUCUCGCUAGACGUAGACUCCCAGCAGAGCGUCGCCGCCUCCCAGGAACUCCUCUCGCAGUUCUACGAUCACUCCCUCGCACUCCACCAUGACCUACCCUCAUCCCAACUUCCCCUCCCCUCGCAAUCCCAUACCGGCAGGCCACCGCCCGACACGCAGUCGUUUGAGACAACUGCUGCGGACUCUUUCAUGACCACCACCACCACCACCACCACAGACUCCUCCUUUCAGGACACGACGCUGAGCAUCAGACCGCCACUCACGACGUCACACCACCUAAGCGACCUAGAAGACAUCCCGACCGGCCCGGACCUCCUCCGCCUCGCGCCGCAGACGGUGACGGUGAACCUCAUCGCCGGCGUAAUAUCCGUCUCGGCGCCGCGGAGCAUCACGACGCGCUGGGGCACCGAGCUUGCCCUCGUCGAGGUGCUCGUAGGCGACGACACGCGCGCCGGGUUCGGAGUCACUUUCUGGGUACCCGCCAGCGCCAAGAGCACGCCCGGCGCCACCUUGCCCUCGCAGCUUCGAAGACAGGACGUCGUUCUCAUGCAAAACGUCGCGCUGCACGUCUUCAGGGGGAAGGUGUACGGGCAGAGCCUGCGGAAGGGGCUAACGCGGACUACGGUGCUGUAUCGUCGGAAGAUGGGUGAGGAUGACGAAGGCGGGUAUUAUCGCCGGCGAGACUUGGGGUCGGGCGACAGCGGCGGAAGUGCCGUGCACCCGCAGUUAGCCAAGACGAGGAGGGUGUGGGAAUGGGUUUUGCGGUUUGUCGGUGGAGAGCAAAGGCCGGCGGCUGAGGAUGGGAAGGGGAAAGGGAGGAAGAGGGGAUGGGACCUCCCGCCGGAUGAUACCCAGUGA